GACUACUAAUUUGUUUUCGAAGGUCACGACUCAGGGAAUCACGUUAUGCAAAUUGACCGUACUUUUUUGGAUCUGUUCUGGGGAUUAUCAGCUAGAGAUGAAAACCAAAGGAUAGAAGCCUCCAACAAGCUGGUAGAUUUGUUAAGUAGUAAAACGGGUGAAGUAGGUUAAUCCAAACAAAUUAAAUAGACUAGGUGAAAACCACUUACUUCACGUAUACAAGACAAAGGCUCGUUAAAGGUCUAAAGUCGUUUGAUGAGUCUACGAGGUCUAGCUAUGAGCACUGUCUUAUACGUUACCUCAAAGAUUUUCCAACAGAAACCUCAACCAAAGAACUAGCGGAAUCCAUGAGUGUUCAAGUUUUUGCCUCAGAGCCGUCCACUCAAAAUGAACGUUCGUCUGUGAAAUCAGCGUACUUAGCAUGCACAAGAGUGCUUUGUGCAUCUGGCAGAAUAAAGGAGAUUGAUGAAGAGUUCGCUAAAGUAUUGCUUCAACCUAUUAUCCUGUUGACAAAAUCCAUUCAUCAUAGAGCUGCCGCAUAUUUAGCAAUUUCGGAAAUGAGUCUUCAAGCACCUAAACAUUUAAUCGCAAAAUUGAGUUGUUUUUUGAAAGAAACAUGGCAAAACCUCAUGUCUUCAAACUCGGAUAUCACCGGAGAACUCCUGCUUGUCCUUCUGUCAUUUCAGCAUCGCUUUCAGAAACGUCUUCAAAAGCUAGAUAUUCCAGCAUUCAAAUUAUCUGAGAAACAGUAUCGUAGGAAGCUCUUAUUUGGAAUUCUUCAUUCUCACGAUGCCAUUGUGAUGCGGUUAAUCGAUGAAGUUUUAAAGCGCGAUAUCCUGAGUACUGUUUGGGAUUCUGUCAAAGCUACCUUAUGUUCUAAAGCCAAUAAAGCCAAAAAUACUUUCCGAUUUCUGCAAAUUGCCGCUCACAUCAUUUGUAAUGAGGAGGAUAAGUUUGAUUUCGUCUUAUCUAGUGAGGUCUUUGAGGGUUUCAGCAAGCAGUUAUCAGAUUGCAAGUACAGUUAUUUCCCUCAAGUCUCCCAUUUACUAAGAGUGAUGAUGGACAAGAUUAUUGGUUCCACAAAUGUUGAUGAAAAUCUCCAGAAAUCUGCGGUUUCUAUGUCCCCAGACCGGCUGUUGAAAUCGAUUGCUUUAAAUUACCCACUAUUUGACUUUUUUUGCGACUCUAGCUCCCCUAAGCCAUGUCAGAUUAUUUUUGAUUCUGCACCAUCGUCACUAUCGUUAGAUACUCUUCAGUUGUACGUUAAACAGUUAACAAAUGCUUUUAUCAAUGCUGAGGUUCAAUAUUCAAACAAAAAUGUACGCAACAUACGUGGCUUAAAGAAUCCAAAUCAAAUCCAAUCAGUUGACUUAAAUUAUGAUGCUAUUCAAUGUUUCGUAAUUAAGCACUUGCAGAUAGUUGUAAACACAAUCCUAAAAUUCAGAUACACCGAAGGAACUGAAUUGCUCAGUCAGAUUCUGGAGUUCCUACUAACUAUUGGUAUGACUUAUUCAUUGAAGGUUGAUAACACCGCUUUGAAGACACCGAUCUCAACAAAUGUUGCCAAGUUUUGCUGGGGUGUUUUAUUUGGGAUAUUAGAUUGUAUGGUAUUGCAAGCAGUUACGAUCAACAAACACUCUGGUCAGGAGACUAUCAAGAACAUUACAAAUAUGGACAUAAUUAGACAUUGUGUAUCCCUACUUAAAAAUGCCGUCCCACAAUGUACUAGAGCUAUGUCCAAACAUUCUUCUAACACAGAUAUUAGUCUUUGUCUGGAUUCGUUGAAACGAUGCCUUAAGCUUCUCCAGAAAGUAGAUUCUGAGGAUCAGUUGGAUCAGUACAUACUGAUAAUGUGCGGAGCUGUUUCUGUUUUUUCUCUCUCCAUGCCGAUCGAAGACACGUUUGAAAUCUUGAACGAUUUGGUUGAAUGCAGAAAAAGGCGUCUAGAGAAUAUAUUUGAAGGUCCCCACUGGUCGGAAGUGCUUACUGAUGUGAUUCUAAGUGCCCUUUCCUUUCCUGUCCACAUGUUGCGCUCUGUCACCCGUCUAACAUUUAAGAAAAUGGUUUUGGAAAAGGCAUUUAUAAGUACGAUUAAUUCAGGUGAAGAAUAUCCUUCUUGCCUAAAACUAAUUGGUGAUAUACUUAAGACACGGUCAUCAAAACAAGCUGACCGUGCAAAGCAUGAUGAAGACGAAGAUGACGACUCAGAAAAAGAAGAUUUAGUUCAUUUUUCGUUGUUCAAUUCGACAAAAUUAAUACAGUCUAAGGAGUUGUCUAUGCAAAUUGAUGAUUUUGAGGACGAAACCGUCUCAGUUGAAGAUGAAGAAAAAGUUGCUAAUCAAGAGAGAAACUCACAAGAUACCUCAGAUGAUUCAGACUCUGAUGCACUUGAAGAAGAGAUUGAUAUUGAUGAAGAUGAACUUAAUCAAAUUAAAAAUAGUGUACGUGAUGCACUUGGUCCAGCUGCAUUAGAUAGUGAAAAUAAUGAUAACGAUUGCCGGGACUUCACAGAUGCUGAGAUGUUUGAACGUGAUGAAGCUUUGGCAGCUGCAUUUCGUAUUCAUAUGCGUAAACCUCAACGAAUAGUCGCUGAUCAAGCUCGUUCAGUUGGUGAAUUGAAAAUGAAAUGUUUCGAUUUGAUUGAAUGUAUUCUGCAGUAUAGUUCUGAACCUCAACUUGUCCUGCCUGCUCUUGAUCUUGUGCUUGAUAUUGGCAAAGGAUCCAUUGAAUAUGAAACAGCCAAAUCACGAAAUGAUUUAAGCUCAAAUAGAAAAAUCAACCAGAAACAAAAGAGAAAAACUAGUUUUAUUGCUAAAUAUGGUGACAUACCUCCACUGUCAAGUAUAAUACUUGUUGUGAGAAAAUGGCGUUUCAGGUCGCAAAAAACUCAAUCCGAGUUUAUAGAAUCUCUCAAGAACUUUGAUCAACAUGUUUACUUGAAAAAAAUUAUGCAAUCUCUUAUAGAUGCGGCCAAAACAACGGAUAGGACUCAACUGUUUACAGAAUUGUUAUCCAACAUUAUAGAAUUUAUUUAUCGAAGUAUGAAACCGUUGAAAGCAGAAUUUCCCGAUUUGGAAUCACCCUUGUCUGAUUAUUUAUUAGAACAACUUCAUGAAGUUUUAAGUAAUACUAACCAUCAAGCUACACUAUUCCUUAAUCUUCUAAGUCACUGCCAAACAUUUGCACACAAGGCCUCAAAAUUGCUUGUCGAAACUACUGUGAAAGCAUGCGAAAAAAUGAUCGAUAGUUUAGAUGAUAUUCGCGAAGUUAAAAUUAAUGGUUUCGAAAGUUGUAAUCUCGUUAAUUUGUUCCAAAUAGUUACUCAUAUGUUCAAGUCAAAUAAAAAUGAGUUAAAAGCUAAGAAAAUGUCAAGGAAACUCAGUGUCAAACUAGCUGAAGUGUUGCAAACAGCAGAGAAAGCUAGCCAAUGUUCAGUGAACAACAACGUCUGGUACAAUCGUCUCAAAUUAUCGUUAGCUUUGUUCGAACUACUUAUGUGUAUUGUAAAACUUGAUGAGAAUGCUUCGUCUACGUUUCUUCAAGAUCAUAUUGUUAAACUUCUAGAGAAAUUUCCAUCAACACAAAAACCUAUCAGAUCUGCAGCACGACGCUUUUUAAACUUGUUGAAAGAGAACAAUCGUAAAUCUGGCAUAUUUAAUGAAUCUGAAAGUCGACAAGAAAGAUUACGUCUUAAAAUGGAACGCAAGAAACAACGUCAACAAAAGCGUAAAGAAAAAGCCUUAAUGAAAAGGAAACCGGCGAAUAAAGCAACUGAACCAAAACGAAAUGAAGUCAACGCAAAAAAGAAAUCUCUUAAGAAUAACGCUAAUAAAUCUAAGUCAACGAUUAAAACAGUGCCUUCACCAAAGGACAGCCAAAAAGUGCGUGUUCUGAAACGAAAACGUCAACCAGAUAUCAAAAAUGGCAAUAAAAAGAGAAAAGUUACUGAGGAUUAAAUAUUAUGAGAUUGAGAAAAAAUUGUAAAUAUAUAUUUUUCAGUGUAUGCUUCCACAUUUUUCAUUUGAAGUAGUAUGAUCAUCAUAAACAGAUACAACAAUAGACAGGUGAAUUUGCAAAGAUUUCGUAGAAUUACCAUUAUGUAACGGUAUCGGCCGGUCGAUUACCAUUUCUAAUAGUGAAAUAUAGGUCAACCAUUCAUGUAGAGUCUAGAUUCCGACGACAUACAUACCACUAAUGGAUGUCACUAAACGAAGUCAAUCUCCAUCAAGAUUGUCAGAUGUGUACUUAGGAAUUUUGUGCUUAAAAAUUCGAACCUAUUAAGUGAGAAUAAAUUUGUAAAUGUUAUGAACUUCAGAAAACUAUGGGUAGGACAACUACGUUACUAUUAUACAUGUAUCUGACUGACGUUUAUGUUAGUUGUCUAUGCUAAAUUUGGGGUAAUAAUCCUUGCUAUCCUGUCAUGACACAAGCGGGAGAGAAAAUGUCAAUGAAAAUAAUACGCCUAUAAGGAACCUAGGGAUGCAUUGCCUGCGAGUUUUCUAUUUAAUCGAUGAGACGAUUAUUUAGUGACUUGUCUAGAAACCUUAUUAACGUCUAUGUGAAUUUUUCCUAAUGUUUGAACAGACUAAUACGCUGACUACGUAUUCCGUGAACUACUAUACAUAACUUGUUCGUUCCUGUAAAUUAUUUACUGUUAACAGACAUUAUCAUAAAUGUAUGUGUGCAUGUCUGUUCCCCUUAUCUGUAAUCUGUGCGUUGUCUAUUUGAUUCGUAUUUAAACAUUUUAAAUAGGAUCUUACUAUCUGCGUCUAUUCAACUACCAUAUUUACAUGCUUAGUCAGCCUGCUCAAAUGAAUGUUUGAAAUAUACGCGUCCUCACUACAGUUCGUGUUCCACUUAAUACUUUAUUCACCAGGCACAGAUGACUCACCUCCAUCCCUUUUUAAGGAUAGUAGCGACCUGACCAUGAGUCUGACUGAGCUGUAUGCAAAAGUUUAGAAAGCCGUCUUUCGAAACCCUGGAAUGCGUCGAUAGUCUUGACUUGUGCAACGUUUAUCGAGGAAUAAGAUUACUUCCGAUUGCAUCCAAAUUAUUGACUUCCGUCAUAUUUCAUAUAUUGUUCAAAACUUGAGAAACACUGACUCGCGAGAAGCAAGCUAGAGUUUGUUCCAGUCGAGGAUGUAUUGGUUAUAUUUCCACUAUUUGUAAAAUGUUAGAACGCCAUACUUAUCACAGGUCAACAAUCGUAGUGUUUUUUGACAUCAGGACUGUUCCCUGGGAUUGUGUAUUGAAGAAAGAUGUGCCCUAUAAAAAAACACCUUAGAGUAUGGGCAUAAUACCAACUCUCACCACUGUUUCAUUCAAGUAGUGAGGUUAGGCAUGUUUGCCCAAUCUCGCCAUUCCUCUU